AUGGCUUUCUCAAACUAUUUAGCCAGCUGUGUGCGUUCAGUUGUAUGCAUCAGUUUAUAUGUUAGUAAAUCUAUCUAUCUAUCUAUCUAUCUAUCUAUCUAUCAAUCUAUCUAUCUAAAUUCUUACCGUCUUUCUUUUAGUCGUUUUUUUUUUCUUGUGGAAUUGGAAUGGCCAUUCAUUUCUGUUGAGCUUCAUAAGCCUCCGACCGGUGCACCAUUCUUGACUUGGUCGUUUAUCUCGUUUAUUUCCGAGCAAUCUUUUAGUGAAAAACCUCUUCGCGUUGUCGUUUCUCCGCUGCUAACUGUUCAUGAAGGAUAUUCCGUUCUUUCUCCCUUUUCCCUUGUCUCCUCCUUUCACCCCGGAACUCUGGUCCCACGUUCCCCCAUUACCCGUCCGUGUCUUUUUACCCGCUAUGAAAGAUCCUCCCGCGUCAAGCCUCGAGCGAAAUCCUAUUAA